AUGAAUCUACUACUAUCCUUAGUGGUUGUUUUUCUCUCGAUUGAACUAUACGAAGCGAGUCCUAUCAAGGUUGCCCCGGUGAACCGGAAACGAGACGAUGAUCCUAUUCCUCAUGCCGGUGCCAAUAGGAUCGUGAACGCAUUUAACGCAUAUACUAGGUGGAAUGAUGAAAUGAACUUGAGGUCCCAGUUCCGGGACCUACCGCGGAUUCCUGGUGAUUUUUAUCGCUACGACAUGAGAGCUCAGCAGGCUGGUCAUCCUAGCUCCGAACAAACACGAAGCCCGAAUCUAGGCUCAUUUGGUCUAUCAGACGGCUUUAAGGUCUCCUUACUCGACAAUGCGCAAGAGGAUAUCGUGGUAAUUGCUUUUACACCACAAAACCACUGGGCUAGCACUAUUGCGCAUCAGACAGUGGUCGACUACCUUAAAGCGCCUAAGAAGAAGAGGCCGGACCUCCAACAGGCUAUCUCUAGUAUGAUCUCUGCGAAGAAUGAGCCUUCACGGCUCCCCGGGUUUCAUGCAUGGCUUGAAAAUCUACGAUCGUUGGAACAGAGGUCCAGCCGUGUUGAAUGGCCAAAUGAUAUUCAAAUGAUUAUUUGGCAACCGCGAUUCCCCAAUGACGAAACGCUUUCGAGUCGAUUAGUUGAAAUCGUCGAAGAAAUCAAGAAGCAAUUCACCGGGGCAGCAAACGAGCUUUUUGAGAACAAAAAACUCCGUUGGAAGGCAGUCGAUUUUAUGCUCAAAUUGGAGUCAUGGCCUUCCGCGGACAGGUCUCAAUUCGAUUGCAAUCACCCCGACGAUAGCGAAGACGACGGGGACCAGCCAGCGAUCUUCGAUAAUGAUGGCAAAGGAAAGAAACCCGAGAUGGAAGAAUUUUUGCCAUCAGACGAUGACGCAUUGCCAGUAAAUAUACAUGGUCGCAGACGGCCACCGCAUAGAGUGACCUUGGUUCAUUUCAAGAACCCGGACAUGUACUCUGUGUCGGUGGUUGCCGUAUAUGUCACGGGCGUCGCUAGUAGUCGAUUUCCCAUGGUCAACAUGUUCAAAGAUAUGGCUUUGACCAAGUGGGCUGGAGACUAUGUUUUUCGCACCUAG